CAUACUAAAGAAAGAUAUAUAUAGUAAUAAAAUGAAAAUGGGUAGAGCCAUUGCCCUCCUCUUUGUGGUUGUGAUAUCUCUAGCGGCAGCGCAGCGGCCGACACCGGACCAGCCGGUGUCGCACUUCGUCGGCGACGCUCACGGCUGGGAUACCGGUAUCAACUACGUCAAGUGGUCAAAGGACCAACUCUUUUAUGUUGGUGACUUCCUUGUGUUCAAAUACUGGGCCAUUACCCAUGCCGUGGACGAAGUAAGGGCAGAUGACUACAAAAACUGCCUCACUGACAACAUCAUCAGCUCCGACCAAACCAGCCCCACCAACUUCUCCCUCGUCAUCCCCGGCAUCCGCUACUUCAUCUGCCCCAAGUCCGACCACUGCAGCCAGGGGAUGAAACUAGCCAUCAACGUCGUCGAUCCCAACACCACCAAAGGCAGUGCCCCCGCUAGAGUUGGCGGCGGGAAGACCUUCAUGCUUGCUUUGUCUAUUGUUGUUGGAGCCAUGUUGGGAGUCAGGAUCUAAGGCCUAAGGCACUUCACUUUAACUUGUUGUUGAGGUUAUAUUUAGUAGUACUAUAUUUAUGCUUGCAUGAAUGAUAGUAGUAUGUGCUAAGAUUG